CUCCGAGCCCCCCCCAUCCCCACAUAUUCCGUACCUGGACUCACUAAUGACAGCCUGGAUCAUCCUCCCUAUUAGCCUGUCCACCUUCUCCAUCACCGGGAUAUGGAUCGUGUACGCCAUGGCAGUGAUGAACCACCACGUGUGCCCCGUUGAGAACUGGUGAGAGCAGCCCCCCAUCGCUGGCAAUGCACAGGCACUGCAGCCCCACCCGCUUCCUUCCUUGCCCUGGCCACAGAGUCUCUGCUAACCGGUCCUACAACGAGUCAUGCUCCUCCAGCCCUGUCAAGCAUGGCUACCCCAAAAGCUGCUGCACCUUGGAAGAUGUCCCUCUGAUCAGUAAGUGUGGCACGUACCCCCCUGAGAGCUGCCUCUUCAGCCUUAUUGGGAACAUUGGGGCUUUCAUAGUGGUACUGAUCUGCUUUCUGCGCUACGGGCAGCUGAUUGAGCAGAGCCACCGCUCCUGGGUCAACACGACGGCACUCAUCGCGGGCUGCACCAAUGCUGCUGGCCUCGUUGUGGUUGGCAACUUCCAGGUGGACAAUGCCAAGUCCCUGCACUACAUUGGGGCGGGCAUUGCCUUCCCGGCGGGGCUGCUCUUCGUCUGCCUCCAGUGCAUCCUCACCUACCACACUGCCAUCAGCGCCCUGGACAGCUGGAUGGCACACCUCCGCGUCUCGCUCACCGGCGUGGCCUUAAUCUCUCUCGUCCUCAGUGGUGUUUUCUUCAUCCAUGAGAGCCCCCUGCUGCAGCACCUGGCAGCUGUCUGCGAGUGGGUCUUCGUCAUCGACAUGCUGGUCUUCUACGGCACCUUUGCCUACGACUUCGGGGCCGUCUCCACCGACACCCUGGUGACAGCGCUGCAGCGGGCCAGCACCAGGGGCUGCAAGUCGCCCGGCGGCAGCAGCACCUCCACCCACCUCAACUGCACCCCUGAGAGCAUUGCCAUGAUCUGAGCAGGGGCUUCCCCCCCUUUCUUUUGUACCAAAAAAGAAAUCUUUUAAAGGAAAACACAGUAUUGGGGCUACCCCCCAUAGCAGUGCCGAGCCUAGCAGCACUCCCUGCUGGCCAGCCUGGCUGCUGCAUCAACAGCUGAGGUGGGGCCGCCAGCCUUCUCCUGCCGGGGCUGGCUCCCGGGGGCCUGCUGGGAACCGCCAGCCCUCACAUCCGCUGCAGAUCAGACCCCUGCUGGCAGUGGCUGCUCAGGGAAAGGUGACUGGAGCUGGCUGCAGGGCAUAACUGCUCAUGCUGCUACCCCACUCUGCUGGGGGCUUUACUACCCGAGGCAGGGCAGCCUCUCCUGGACGGGAGGCCCUCUGCACAGGUUCCCUUGCUCAAGCCCUGCCCCACCCAGGAAGGAUCUGGGGUAACCCCACAGCAAAGUGGGGGAGACACACAGGGCUGUUCCAUGGUAUCUGACCUUGCUGCUUCCCCUUGGGAGGGAGGGUCUUUUCUCUCCCAUCCCCAUUAACCCCUCUCCUUCCUCUCCCCCUCCUGGAGAAGAUCUUGGUGGUGGGGUGGAGGAUGAGGUGGCAGGGGGCAAAGAGCCUCCCUCCCCAUCCUUCUGAGCUGGUUUCUUUCGUAAAAUGGUUUGGUAUUUUUAGUACUUUUUAUAUCUAUAGGUGUGUAUAAAGGGACUUGUACUGGA